AUGGGAAGAAAUAAAAUUGACAUUCAAUAUAUAAAAGAUGAUCGUAUUAGAAAUGUAAUUUUAUUUAAUUAAAUGCUUGUUCUACUAUUUUUAGAACCAUUAUAUAAUUUAUAAACUUAUAAUUAUAUUUUAGAUAACUUUUAACAAAAGAAAAAAUGGAUUGUUGAAAAAGGCUUGUGAAUUAGCAGUGUUGUGCAAUAUCAAAAUGCUUUUGUGUUUUACAGAUUUAAGUAAAAUUAAAUAGAAUCUAUUUUUUAGGUGGUACUGUUUAUUAAUUUAUGUCUAAUGAGAAUACCGAAUUAGAAUUAAUAUCAUCAAAUCACAAGAAGAUUUUCACAAAAUAGGAUGUAUUUAUAAUAUUUAUAUAAUAAGUAUCCUGGAUUCCAAAAAAAGAAAGAUAAUGAAUCAUUAUCUGAAGCUGAAAGUGAAUUAAGUAUAGAAUAAAAAAGAACAAGAGCAUAAGAACAUUUAAAUUAAUAACAUUUAUUUAUUUAGUAAUCAUAACUUAUUUAGCAAAAUCAAUAAUAUCAUAAAGGUUAAUAAUAAAUGAGUUUGAGAAAUAAAGUUUUGGAGAAUAAUGAUAAACAAAUUUAAUAAGAAUCAAGAAAAAUUGUUAAAAUUGAACCUAAAUAAGAAGAAUUUGAUUAAUCAAAAAAUAAAUUAUAAGCCAAAAAUAAGAAAACAAAUGAUGAGAUUGCAUUCAAUGAUAUUAUUGAUCAUUAAUAAGCUAGAAAUUUUGAUGAUCUUUAUUAAUGUGGUAAUUAAUUAGAUGAUUAAUCAAAUUCCCCUUAAGAUUAAUAAGAUUAUAAAUAAUAAUUAUCUAUGUUUACAUCUUCAAAUCCAAUCAAAUUAAUGAAAAUGGAUAGUUUAUUAAAUGGUAAUAAUAAUAGUAAACCACAUAAUUUUCUGAGUGAUUAAUACAAUAAGUUUUUCAAUAAAGAUAGAGUAAAAUCUAUUUAUAUUAAUUUAGAUUGAUUCAUUAAAUAAUAGUAAAGUCUUAUAACCAAGUGUACAAUUCAUAGUACCUCCUUAAGUUUAUUUUAAUAUAACACCAUCUCCAAUCAAUUAAGCAAUGAAUAAAAUUUAUGUUGGUGUAGAUGAACCAAUGGAAUUUAAUCUAGGAUAAUCUCAGUAUACUGAUGGAUUUAAAAAAUAUACUAAAUGA